GGUUUAAAAAUGAAGUGGCUUGGUCUCAUAUCUUUACUGUUAGUCGUUUUAGUUUCAUCAGCUCCGACUGAUGAUGAAGUGGUGUUACCUUUGGCUGAACCAUGUGAUCUUGAGGCCUGUCAACUGCCUGACUGCAGGUGCUCCACGACCGACAUCCCUGGAGGGUUGGCGGCGAGGGAUACUCCUCAAUUCGUUGUUAUGACCUUUGAUGGACCUGUGGACGAAUAUUCUCUGCAAGACUUCAACAAAUAUCUUGGCGGUCGCACCAACAUGAAUGGUUGCCCAGUAGGAGCCACCUUCUACAUCAACCAUGGCUCCACUAACUAUGAAGUCGUCAACCAAAUGUACAACCAGGGUUUUGAAAUCGGUCUAAAGUCCAUCUCUCACAAUCCCAACCACGAAUACUGGGCUGAAGGUACUGUCGAAGAAAUGAGGAAGGAAUUCGGAGACCAAAGGAUUACGAUGUCGCAUUUCGCUAACAUUCCAAUUGAAGAUAUCAAAGGCAUCCGCAUACCUUACCUCCAAAUGGCUGGCAACGCGACCUUCCAAGUUAUGUCAGAAUCAGGUCUGACAUAUGACGCUUCCUGGCCGUCUACUACUGACCUCAACCCAGCUCUGUGGCCAUAUACCCUGGACUACGCAUCGACUCAAGAUUGCCCCAACCCUCCAUGCCCGACUGCAUCUUUCCCUGGGAAAUGGGUGCUACCUUUGGCCAGUUGGGAGGAUCCAGAAGGCAAUCCUUGUCACUUAGCUGAUUCUUGCCCCUCACCUCCUGAUCUCUAUAACUCCAAUGCGUGGUUUGAAUACAUGGUCAGCAACUUCGAGAGGCACUAUACCAGCAACCGUGCUCCCUUCGGGAUGCACUUCCGCGAGUGGUUCCUCUCAGCCUUCCCUGGCCCGCAGAUGGCUCUGCCGCGGUUCUUGAAUCUCCUCAACGGUUUGCCAGAUGUCUUCAUGGUGAACGCCGGUGAGGUAAUUGACUGGAUCAAGAACCCAGUUCCCAUUAACGAGUACUCGUCAAAACCUUGCCGAGCUCAAGCUGCUGAGUGCCCCGUCAACAGUUGCGGCCCUCUCAAAGCUGAUCACACCUACGAGCAGUUUUGGCUGCAAGCUUGCAACGAAUGUCCUAAUGUGUUCCCAUGGCUGGGGAACCCUCUAGGGAAGUAAACAAUUUGAUAAUGUACUUGGUAAUGUACAAUACUCCUGCCAAGUUGUUGUGAUUCGACAAAGCAGCGUCACUUUGGCCAAUUAAUGAAUGCCGCCCAAAGAAAAUCUACAAAUCACAUCGACGUCUUUGUAAAUAACAUUAAAUUAUCUUAUCAAUAAACACUUUAAUUACA